AUGCACGAGUGUAGUGUGCAUGGUAAGCGUCCUGCCUUGACCUCGUUUGUAGGAAGAGCAGAAGAGAACUUUGAAUUAAGAAACGAUUCCACAAAAACUCAGAAUGUAAGAGAACUGGCAUGGUUUCUGCUCAGGCUCAUUAGAAAAAACGCAUUGAAGGCCGAUGAUACUUAUGGAGAGCAAUCAGUUUCUGGAUGGAGAGCAUUCAAUGUGGAAAUAUCUCCCAUCACGUUGCCUCGUACCGUUAUUGGGUACUGCCCGAUGAUUGCUGGAUCGCCGACAGAGUACAGUACCAUCUGCACGGUACUGAAAACCGUGCAACAAAUGUCCAAACAUCUCCAGCAGAGCACUGCAGUAAUCACAUUUGAUUUGACAAUUUAUUCCAAGGCAAAAGAAAUCCACUGGCGUUAUCCAGAAGAGUUCCAAAACCAUGCAUAGCACUCAAUUAUUUGGCCUUGAUUGGAAAGAUGUUACAGGAGAGUGGCUUAGAGGAUGGGUUCAUAAGGUCUAGCCUCUACGGAUCGAGCUCUACUAUGGCACUAUUGCAGGGAAAAUCGUACAGGAAGGGAAUUUGA